CUCAGGUCAAGGUCGAGAUGGUGUCUCACAAUGAGGCAGGCCGUCGCCAUGCCCAGCGUGCUAGAGACCGCCCGCUAUACAGCGCUAACACAGGUGCUGGUGUCAAUAACAUCGGAGCUCCGACUAAUUCAAGACGCUCGACCGGGUACCUGGGCCGCAAUGGCCGCCAUGCCGAGAAUGGUCGACGCAAUCCGGCCCCAGGCUAUGAUCAUGCUACUGUGUCUCGCCCGCAGAACGAUCGCCAUACCGCAAGUCUCCAAGGUUUCAAAAAUCAUGGUAACCAAAACGCAUCCCGUGGUCUACUGCUACUAGCUGCUGACACCAGUACCGAUGCCGUCCACAACGAAGCCAGCCUUGAGCCCGACAACAACGCGUCCACCACGCCCGUUAGCCGUCGCAUGGCCAAUUCCAGUCCCAUCAGUCAGCCUAUUCCGUUCAGUGGCUCACGCCUGAAGCGCCUCCUCCCCGAGUCUCAGCGCCCACCUUCUCCGAUGACACCCCCUGGCCACGAGCCCCCCGCGUCCAUCACCAUGUCCCCAACUCCCAUCCGCAUGUUCAAUCGCCCCAAGGGCAAAGCGGUCGAAGACGAAUACGUUCUGCCCAGCCCCGUCGGCUCCAACACCACGGUCGCCAAGCGAGGCAGUCAGAAGAAGCGCUCCAAGUAUCAGGGCGGCGGCGGCGACGAGGCCGCCGCCAAGCGCAAGUUCUCCAACCCAAAGAUGAUCAAUGUUGUCUCUGGUCGUCCUCCUCCGAGACAGAGUCAAAAGCCCGUCUCAGAGCGGCCCAUCCUCAGGAUGAGCGGCGAUAGGGAGGCCAGGUACAUGUAA